AUGCCAGCUACGGCCCUUAGCCUGAGGCGGGACCCGCGCAUCCUCAAGCUGCCUCCCUACGUCUCCUUUCUCUUCAUCCUCGUCGGCGUUGUGUCAUUGCUGAUCCUACCGCUGGACAGCUACUCCAGGAGGACGUAUAUCUCUGAGAAUGCGCUUCUCCCUGGCCAGGUGCAUACAUAUUUUGGCGGGAGCGACCAGAAUGUCUUCCGAGCUUACAAACACGAGGUGAAUUCGGUUGGAGAUAAGAGCAAUGUCGUAAUCAACGAUAAGCUCCAGUCCAUCCUCACUGGCAUCGGGCUCAAGGUUGGCCGUCAGAACUUCACUUACACAUCUUCGGGCGACACGUAUGCCGGCGAGAACCUCUACGCCAUUCUCCAAGCCCCUCGCGGCGAUGCUACCGAAGCCAUCGUGCUGAUCGCCGCCUACAAGAAUGCCCAGGGCGACCUCAACCGGAAUGGCGUGCCUCUCGCGCUCACCCUAGCCCGCUACUUCCGCCGGUGGUCUCUCUGGUCAAAAGAUAUCAUCUUCUUGUUCCCGCCCGACAGCCUGGCAGGUCCGCAGGCCUGGGUCGACGCCUAUCACGAUGCCCACGACGGACGGCACGUCAGCUCUCUGCCCCUAAAGUCGGGAGCUCUGCAGGGUGCCAUCGCCGUCGAUUAUGCGCAGGAGGACCGCUUCGAGAGUGUGCACAUCAUCUACGACGGCGUCAAUGGGCAGCUGCCGAACCUGGAUCUGAUCAACAGUGUCAACUCUGUGGCGGGAGGCCAGAUGGGCAUGGGCGUCGCGCUGCACGAGAUGUGGAACCACGACGACAGGUACGAGGACCGGCUCCGAACGAUGCUCAGGGGCAUGAUGAAGCAGGGCCUUGGCAUCUCGACGGGGCCGCACAGCUCCUUCAUGGCAUACCACGUCGACGCCGUUACGCUCCAGCCCUUUGGCAACGGGUGGCAGGACGAGAUGGCCAUGGGCCGCGUGGUGGAGGGCACGUUUCGCAGUCUCAACAACCUCCUCGAGCACCUGCACCAGAGCUUCUUCUUCUACCUGCUCAUGCAGCGCGAGAGGUUCGUCAGCAUCGGCACAUACCUGCCGGGAGCUAUGCUGCUGGCCGCCAAUUUUACAAUCAUGGCCAUCGCAUUCUGGAUCAAGAGUGGACAGCCUGAGGAGGAGACGACCAAGAAGGCCGUCAAGAAGGACGAAGACGCACCCGCACCGACGGUCGAGAGGGAUAUUUUCCUGCCCCUGGCCCUGGUGGUGGCAUGCCACGCCCUGGGCAUUGUGCCCUUGUACCUCUUUAACCACCUCCCCGCCAGUCUCCUCACUCCAGCCUUCAUCCUCUUCGCUGCGCUCAACAGCGCCCUCCCGCACGUCCUCUCCUCUCUCCUCACCGCCCGCUCCGCCACGGUCCAGCAGUACCAGCUGACAAAGUCCUUCUCCCUCCUCCUGCUCGGCAUGUUCCUCUCCUCCCUCGCCACCCUCAACUUCUCGGUCGCCUUCCUCGUCGGCCUCGUCGCCAGCCCCCUGACGUUUAUGCAGCCGCCUGCCUCGCCCGCCGCCGCGACCGCCUCCCCGCUGCGGCGCUGGCUGCUCACCCUCGCGCUCAACCUCAUGGCGCCGACGGCCGUGCUGGCGGCCUGCUCGGCGGGCUGGGGCCUGGGCGUGGGCGAGGUGCUGCGCCGCGCGGCGUUUGGCUGGGACGUCUGGGGCAUGUACACGCCAGUCGUGGUGUGGUGUGUGUGGUGGCCUGCAUGGCUGGUCGCGUCGGUACUGGUGCUGGGGCGGCCAGCGGCGCGCAAGGCCAAGGCUGCGUAG